AUGGCGACUCACGUUAUCACUUCUACUCCGGCCAGCCAGAUCUCCGUCUAUGGCCAGCCAUCACCUACCAACUCCGCCCACAAUUCUGCCACCAAUACUCCCAGCAAUAAUUCCCCCACCUCCCCACGCAUGGCCACCGCCUCGCUGCACCAACUGCCACUGCAGUCGCGCCAGCUGCGUCCUCUCAAGGGUCCGCUCUAUGUCCCAGCCGCGCUGCGCCCAACCGAGCGUCCCCAGAAGUCGUCUCCCAUCACUCCUCCUCGCAGCGUGCACGGCUCCCUCGACAGUCUGAACGAGGACGUCGAACCCAUCAGCCGUCGCUCAACCAUGGAGAGCCAGUCCAGCGGAAUCAGUCAGGACGCUCAGCACGAGUGGCUGAAGACUGAGGAUCUGGGUGAUGUCACCGGUCAACCAACUCGCGAGCACUGGAAAGCUGACUCGGCCUCUUCCAACUGCGACUCCCCUACCUGUCGCUCUUCCUUCGGCAUCUUCCUGCGUCGCCACCACUGUCGUCACUGCGGCCAUGUCUUCUGUGCCUCCCACACUCCCCACCUCGUCCCUCUGGACCAGAACGCCCGCUUCCACCCAGACGGCGUGCCCUCCCGCGCCUGCGAUCUCUGCUGGAGCGCCCACCAGCGCUGGGAGGAGACUCGCUCCAACCGCCUGAGCAAGAUCCAAAGCAACAUGGAUACCCAGGGUGUCUCAGUCCCCGACUCCGAGCACCUGGAGAACCCCGAGCCUGCCCAGUCCGGCGAGGUCGCUGCCUCUGUUCCCCGUGACUGGAACUGGAGCACCUUCUAA